AUGCAAGACAUAGAUCCUUGUCUGAAAUCGAUCCCACUUGAUAACGAACAUUUCAAAGUUACGCUAUCAAUUUUCAAUAAAUCUAUAAACGUAACACAUACAGACGCAAAAGACCAAAAAGUAUUAAUAGUAGAUACUCCUAUUACUGUUGAUAUAUCGAAGUGCUGGAUUGGCAUUACAGCAAUGUGUGAUGAUUAUACAUCAAGAAUAGAAUUGUUUAAUGCAACAUAUAAUACAAAUGAUAUAAUUAGCAAUCGAAGAAAGCAAGCAUGGACAUUCCAAGGAAUGCCAAUUUCAACAUCUUCAACAGUUCAACCAGAAAAGAUAGAAAAACUACGCAAUCCCUCAUUCCUUAUAAUGAGGAAUGAGCUUAAAUCAUACGAAACUACGAAAGGUGACUUAAAAGCCGCAAACAAAACAAUUGAAGAUUAUCUCAAAAUUACAGCAGAAUUUGCAGAAGUCAUUGACGAAGUUGCAACAUAUGGACAACUCAAUGACUUCAUUACCAACACUUUAGUGCCAUACACUGACUCCUGGCACCGAAGAACGUUCAAGAUUAUGGAUGCAGUUGCCAAAGCAAACAAAAUCAUGUCGGUUUCACUUAACGAGACACAAUCUCUACUUUAUUCAUUCAAUCAGACAGUAAAUUUGUCUUUAGCAAAAGCAAGGACAAAAAUUUCUUCAAUUAAAGAUAUUUUGCUUGAAGAAUCGGAAAUACAAUUCAUUGACCAGAUUAUGACAGUCAAGAAGUCUGUUUCUCCAAUUGUAAAUUAUUUAAUUUAUAUUAGUGCUGCAGAAGUCAUCGGAUUGAUUGCCUUUGGCUUCAUACAGUGCACUCCUUGGUUCAGGCAUAAAUAUAUGUAA